AUGGAAGGCCUCCCAGACACAGGACUCGACACAUCAGACUGGACAACGGGAGAAGCACCACCACUCGACGACCUCGUCAACCUCGACGACAUCCAGAUCGCAGCCAAAAACACUCUUUCAACCAAAAACUACGCAUACUAUCGCACAGCAGCUCUAGACGAAGUGACCUACAACGCCAACCUCUUCAUAUGGAACAAGAUCCGCCUAAACGGCUUCAGCUUCGCCGACGUCUCAAACGUAAACCUCAAAACCUCGAUUUUGGGCCACGAGUUCUCCGCGCCAUUCUUCAUCGCCCCAGCAGCAAAAGCAGGAAAAGCCAACGAAACCGCAGCAGAAGCCGGCCUCGUCCAAGCCGCAGGCGCAGCAGGAAUACUUUACAUCCCCUCAAUCUCCUCAACCCUUUCAAUCGAAGAAAUCGCAGCUGCAUCAAACACCUCCGACCAAAUCAUGUUCCAUCAAGAAUACAUCUGGUCCAACACGACGAAACUCAAAGACGAACUGUCUCGAAUCAGGGAGUCUGGCUUCAAAGCUCUGGUUCUGACAGUUGAUAACACUGGAGUCAACGGGAUUCGAAACCGUCAGAUGCGUUUCUCAAGCGGGCUGGCAGAUGAUCGUCAUUCCGCAGAUCUCACGAUUUCUGCGCUAAAGAAGCUGCAAAAAAUGACGUCUCUGCCCAUCAUUCCGAAAGGUGUCAAGACGGCUCACGAUGUGAAGUUAUGCGCCGAUCUCGGAUUCCCAGCCGUAUACAUUUCCAAUCACGGAGGUCGAGUCGUGGAUCUCGCUCCUACAGCUGUGGAAAUCCUGCUCGAUGUGCAUCGUCUAUAUCCCGAAGUCUUCUCACAAAUUGAAAUCUACGCGGAUGGGGGCGUGAGGAGGGCGACGCAUAUCCUGACAUUAUUAGCUUUGGGGGCUAGAGCGGUGGGAGUGGGUCGGAGCGCCAUGUUUGCGAAUGUCUAUGGCGCAAAAGGGGUGGGGAAGAUGAUUUCGAUUUUGAAGGAGGAGUUGGAGAGUACGAUGCAAUUGAUGGGGCAGUCGGAUAUCGAUGGCGCAUGGAAUGAUUAUGUUUGA